AUGUUGUUUACACUCAUAAUUUCCGUGCUUUUGCACGCAAUUGAUGUUCUUGCCGCACCAUACAUAGUCACAUCGUAUGUCGAAUUAUCAGUCUACACUCAGUAUAAUGGUGUUAAAACAUAUACCAAACCAGUGGUCCUACCAUCAACCAUUACAGCACCUCCAACCGCCAUCGCGACCUCCACCAGGGCAGAUACAUACUACACCCACGUCUCCAUCGUCGAUAUCGUGCUCUCUCCAGGCGUUAGAAAAUCCCAUUCAUACGAUUAUGAAGACUCCGAAGACGCACUCUACAGAACCUACAUGGUACCCCUCACCUUCAACGCGCCAACAUCCUGCUCAUCAACCUCCUGGGCCUUCACAACCACAGUAGAAAUCUACAUUCCCCCACCAGUGCGAGGAAAAAUAAGCGCCGCGACACUAUCAACUUCCGCAUCAACAUACACCUACGAACAUUGCAAUCCCGUGCCCACAACGGAUGUAAUCGCCAUCCUCAAUCCCACAGAUGUCGAACCAUCGGAUCUAGCAAGUGCAUCCUCAAAGCACAACCACUAAUACCGCUACACACGCUGCACCAGUCCCGGAGGUCUCAACGCCCUCGCAACCCCCACGGGCUCCGACGACAUAGGAACAGAAGACAUCUACACCUCACGCCACCCCUCCCGCCCAACAUCCACAUCCACAUCCUCCUCCGACACCUCAAGAUCCGGCAGUCGGUACGAAUACUGCGGCGGCAGCUACUCAGCCUGCUACGACUCAAACUACCGCGCCCUCCUCACCUUCAUCCUCCUUGUCAUCUUCGGGUGGUUCCUCCUCUGGUUCCUGAUCGGCCUUCUCGAAUCAUGGUACUCCUUCAAAGGACUAAUGCAAGGCGAGAAGCGCAAACGGGGGAUGCCGUAUUCAUGGUGUUGUAUCUCCUGGCCGUGUCUCUGCUUUACGGGUCCGGUGUAUAAGGCUAGGACGCCCGAGGAGCAGGUGGUGCUUAAGCAGAAGUGGGCGGAGAUGAAGAUGGGUGGGAAGAUGAAGUUGUGGGUGAGGUGGGGGUUUAGGUUUAAGUAUCCGGUUGAGUUGUUGGGUGCUGAGCCGGAGAUCUAUAAGAGGGCUUUUAGACAGGGGUGUUUGUAG